AUGUAUCAAUUGUCCUCUUCUGAUGGGAGUUUUCUGACACUUGGAAUUGGAGGUAAUGCAGAAACGAUGUCCUCUAGUAAUUUCAGAAAUCAAGAUGUUACCAGCAAAUUGGAGGGAACUCUUUCUUUCCGACAUAACUCUCAAGGUGAUCUGGCUGUAUCCCCAUUGCCCUGCAGCAGCACUUCCAUCGUUCAUCCUGAUUAUACUAGUGUUACAGCAUUGCCAUCAGAAUCAUCCAAGCCUACAUUGUUUGCUCGUCAACCUAUCUCUAAUAAGAAACAUAAUUACUUCACACGUAGUUCUAUGAAUGUCUCAUCAGACUCUUCCAUGAAUUCACAUUUCCUCAGACAUCAAGGAGGCUCCAUCAGGCAUGCUCAAUUAGGAAAAUUGAUUCCACAGUCAGGAGGCAGCUCUCGUCGAACUCCAGUCAUUGACACUGUUCCGUCUUCAUUAAAUGUCAAACCAAUGGGAAAGCAGAUCCCACUAUCAGUAGAUCGCACAAGACAAGUUACUGACUGUGGUCCUUUCCCAGUUAGAGCCCAACCAAGUAAUCUGCUUCAAACCCAAAAAUAUAGAUCUAUUGAUUAUCCUCAAAAGGCUGUUGGACUUCCAUUGGCUAUUGGUGUAGGUUCCUGCAAUGAUGGUCUUAAAUUUUCCUUAUUUACAGCUCAGGUUAUACCUGUUCCAAAAGUUGGCAUCCAAUCUCAGGCUUCCAAAGUAUCUAUGAUAAGAAGAGAAAAUGGAAAUUCUCUAUCUGCUCCAUUGAGUCAAUGCAAGAGGAUGAUUCCUCAACCUGCUAGACCUCCCUCUGUACCCCACCAACAGCGUUGCAUUCCAGCUCCCAUUUCAGCCAGACCUCCUUUCCCUGCUUCACCUCUUCAUAUAAAAUGGCAAGGUGAUGAACCUCCUAAGACAAUCGAACAGAAGUGCUAUAUAUGCAAGAGGGAUCUCUCAUUCAUGGCCGAAGGUCCAGUAUAUCUGCCUGCUGUUCCACCAUUUGUUGCCGUUCUUCCUUGUGGCCACACAUUUCAUGACCAUUGCUUGCAAACUAUUACUCCUCAAGACCAAUCGAAGAAUCCUCCAUGUAUUCCUUGUGCAAUUGGUGAAACAUAA